AUGGCUCGCCUAGCAGCAUGUGCUUUGCUCACUGGACUAUUCGCACGUGUAUCUAGUCUUAGCUUGAUGUUCAUCAAUCCACCACCCUUCGAUUGGCCUGACGACUUCAGCGGCAGCCCAAAAUACAAAGAGGGUGAUACUGUGAACGUUUCAUGGAUGCCAAACGAGGAUGGAGGACGUCUCUCGUGGACUUUGAGCCAACGAGGUGAAAUGGACCCGACGAUCGGAAGUGCGGAAUUUCUCAUGCAAAACGCUGCAAGUGCUACAAGCUACUCUUGGGUCGUCGGAACGGGAAAAAAAUCUUACAAAGUCGAAUCUGUUCUUUCUCAGCAUUUUCCGAGGUGA